CGCUGCUGGCCGCCGCCGUUGCCUCCGCUGCUGGGCGCCUGGGCAGCUCCCGGGGUUUCUGCGGCCGCCAUGGACGAGCAGGCGGGUCCCGGUGUCUUCUUCAGCAACAACCACCCGGGCGCCGGCGGUGCCAAGGGUCUCGGGCCUCUGGCGGAGGCUGCCGCGGCCGGCGACGGGGCGGCUGCGGCGGGGGCGGCGCGAGCCCAAUACAGCCUCCCUGGGAUCCUGCACUUCCUGCAGCAUGAGUGGGCCCGCUUCGAGGUUGAGAGAGCCCAGUGGGAGGUGGAGCGGGCGGAGCUGCAGGCCCAGAUUGCUUUCCUUCAGGGGGAAAGAAAGGGUCAAGAAAUUUUGAAGAAAGAUCUUGUGAGGAGGAUCAAAAUGCUGGAGUACGCUCUUAAACAGGAAAGAGCCAAAUACCACAAGUUGAAAUAUGGAACAGAAUUGAAUCAGGGAGAUAUGAAGCCGCCAAGCUAUGAUUCUGAUGAAGGUAAUGAAACAGAGGUACAACCACAGCAAAACAGCCAGUUAAUGUGGAAACAAGGUCGACAACUACUCAGACAGUAUCUACAGGAGGUGGGUUACACAGAUACCAUUCUAGAUGUGAAAUCUAAACGAGUACGAGCUUUGUUGGGCUUUUCAAGUGAUGUCACUGACAGGGAAGAUGACAAAAAUCAGGAUUCAGUUAUAAAUGGCACAGAGGCCGAGGUUAAAGAGACGGCAAUGAUUGGAAAAUCCGAGUUAACAGAUUCUGCCUCUGUGCUGGAUAAUUUCAAAUUCCUUGAAAGUGCAGCUGCAGAUUUCAGUGAUGAAGAUGAAGAUGAUGACAUUGAUGGAAGAGAGAAAAGCAUCAUUGAUACUUCAACGAUUGUUAGGAAAAAAGCAUUGCCUGAUAGCAGUGAAGAUCGAGAUACAAAAGAAGCUCUAAAGGAGUUUGACUUCUUGGUUACAUCAGAGGAAGGAGACAAUGAGUCUAGAAGUGCGGGUGAUGGAACAGAAUGGGAAAAGGAAGACCAGUGUCUCAUGCCUGAAGCCUGGAAUGUGGACCAGGGAGUAAUUACCAAACUCAAGGAACAAUACAAAAAGGAGAGAAAGGGGAAAAAGGGGGUGAAGAGAAAAACUACCGAAGAUCUGUUUCAGCCUCUAUCCUAUAUAAAACAGUCAAAACAGGGAUGUGGGAGAAUGAAGAACCAAAGCUCAGGGCCCAAUAGGUCAAAACUACAAGAUAUGCUUGCUAAUUUGAGAGAUGUUGAUGAACUUCCCUCAUUGCAGCCAUCUGUGGGUUCACCUUCCAGACCCACCAGCUCGAGGCUUCCUGAACAUGAAAUAAAUAGGGCGGAUGAAGUAGAAGCAUUGACCUUUCCUCCUUCUUCUGGGAAAUCCUUCAUCAUGGGAGCAGAUGAAGCCCUUGAAAGUGAACUGGGUCUUGGAGAAUUGGCAGGCCUUACAGUGGCCAAUGAAGCAGAUUCACUAACUUAUGAUAUAGCAAACAAUAAAGAUGCAUUGAGGAAGACAUGGAACCCUAAGUUUACAUUACGAAGUCACUUUGAUGGCAUUCGAGCCCUUGCUUUCCACCCCAUUGAGCCUGUUUUGAUAACAGCAUCAGAGGAUCACACAUUAAAAAUGUGGAAUUUGCAGAAAACAGCCCCAGCCAAAAAGAGUACUUCUCUUGAUGUGGAGCCUAUCUAUACAUUCAGGGCUCAUAAAGGUCCAGUGCUUUGUGUGGUAAUGAGCAGCGAUGGUGAGCAGUGCUACAGUGGAGGCGCUGACGGGCUGAUCCAGGGCUGGAAUACCACCAACCCCAACAUCGAUCCCUAUGACUCCUAUGAUCCUUCUGUUUUAAGAGGCCCUCUUCUAGGCCACACCGAUGCCGUCUGGGGCUUGGCUUACAGUGCAGCACAUCAGCGCUUAUUGUCAUGUUCAGCAGAUGGCACUCUCCGUUUAUGGAAUACAACUGAGGUUGCUCCAGCCCUAAGUGUAUUUAACGAUAAUCAAGAGUUGGGAAUCCCUGCCUCUGUGGAUCUCGUGAGCAGUGAUCCGAGCCAUAUGGUAGCAUCAUUCAGCAAAGGAUAUACAAGCAUCUUUAACAUGGAAACGCAGCAGCGCAUUCUCACUCUAGAAUCUAACCUAGAUUCAACCAACUCUUCCUGCCAAAUAAAUAGAGUCAUCAGCCAUCCCACUCUUCCCAUCAGCAUCACAGCUCAUGAAGACAGGCACAUCAAAUUCUACGAUAACAACACAGGCAAACUCAUCCACUCCAUGGUAGCCCACCUAGAAGCUGUUACAAGUCUAGCAGUUGAUCCUAAUGGCUUGUACUUGAUGUCUGGCAGUCAUGACUGUUCAAUACGUUUAUGGAACCUAGAAAGUAAGACGUGUAUCCAAGAGUUCACAGCUCAUCGGAAAAAAUUUGAAGAAUCAAUUCAUGAUGUAGCUUUCCACCCAUCCAAAUGCUAUAUAGCCAGUGCUGGGGCUGAUGCACUGGCUAAAGUCUUUGUAUGACACAAUGCAUCAUCUUCACCUUCUAGCUCUUUAUAAAUAAUCAACUGCACAAAAAGAGAUACAGAAGACCAGGGCAAGAAUCAGCCUGUCUUGCCCUUUUGUUCUGCUGAAGGAGCACAGAGAACAUUUGUUAAAGUAUAGUUUUGCAAUUCGUAUACUGUUUUCUAAAACUGAGGUUUGUUCAGGUUGCUGCAAGCUCAGCUGAAUCUAUGAGCCUGAAAACUGUUUCAAAUUUUUCCCCCAAAUAGGAGCUUUUAUUUCUGAGGUUGUUCUAAUUCGCUAGGCAGGCCUGAGCGAACAUAAGUUUAGCUUGUCCCUCUUGAGUAAAUAGGGCACGCUAUAAAGGACAAUUAAAAAGCUUGAUGACUGGGAAUGAGUGGAGGAAGAACAGAAAUUUAGACCUAGUUCUCCCCUGAGAAAUCUUGUUAAACACAUUAGGUAGUCAAAACAAUAAUCUUGACCAUAUCUGCUGUUACUAACCCUUAAGUACAUAAGGACCAGGCAGUGUUCAAAUGAGAUUUUAAUUUAGCUCUUCUUUCAUCUGUGCACAUAAAGCACCUGGCAAAGCAUUUUACCUGUUAAAGGAAAAAAAAAUGCAAUAAUAUGUUAAAUAUAUUAUUAUUCAGAAAUACUAAACAAAUAUUUAGUUUGUAAGCAGAUUUCUAUAUUGUAUUACAUUUUUGAAAAUAGAUUUGGUAUCAUUGUAAAGUUUAGCUGUCAAAAUCAGUCAUCAUUAUGAAUAGUUGGUAGAGUCUGCUUUUACUAAAGGAUUUAACUUAUUCAGGUUUGAGAUUCUGUUUAUUUUUAAGGGCAAGCAGGGCAUAUCUUUAUAAUUUCUGUUAAUUUUAAAAAUUCACUCUAUUCAUGUGAUAUUUAUAAUACCAGAGUGGUUAUCUCAUAUUGAUGAAAUCUUACCUUUCAGUGGUUUGAAAAGACAGAAGUUAUCUGUGAGUACUCAUUUGUCAAAACCCACAUAUCAUGCUUCAGAUGACCUCUUGCUCUUUCUUUGUCUCUCAUAUUCAAAUUAUCUGACAUCUACUGAAAAGAGUUUAUAAUUAUUAUGUUUUAACAGCCCAGAGGGUUUGGUUAAUGUCAGGCAGCUGCUUUUGCAGUACUAAAUAAAGCCAACUAUUUUGUA